AUGGUCGAGGAAAAGAAGAAUGUGUCCGCUAAUGGAGAUCAAUUCUCUAAAAAGGGAGCCAAGAAGGCAGCAAAGGCAGCCAAGAAAGCCGAGCAAAAGGCCGAGUCGGCGGCAGCUGCGAGUGCCGGCAAUGAUGGCGAAGCUGGUGACAAUGCAGUAGAUCAUGCCCAGGGUCGCUAUGGUCUCUCCGAAAUGAUUCAAUCGAAAGAUAAGCGUAGUGAACGUAUUUUUGUUACUGUUCCCGAAUUGGUCAAUCAUGUGGACAAGGGUUUGGUCUGGGUACGAGGACGUGUUCACACCUCUCGUGCCAAGGGUAAACAGUGUUUCCCUAUCCUGCGUCAGCAGAGUAGCACCAUCCAGUGCAUCUUGGCUGUGAAUGACAUCAUUUCCAAACAAAUGGUGAAAUUUACGGGAAACAUUCCCAAGGAGAGUAUCAUCGAUAUUCAAGCCAAACCAGUUUCAGUACCCAAUAAGAUUGAAUCUUGUACUGAGCAGACUGUGGAGCUGUGUGUUGAACAGGUCUUUGUUAUAUCGCAGGCAAAAUCUCAGUUGCCCCUGCAAAUUGAAGAUGCCUCGCGUCCAUUGAAUCCCGAUGAUGCCGGGGGUUUGAACAUACGCGUCAAUCAGGACACCAGAUUGAAUAAUCGUGUUCUGGAUCUGAGAACUCCAGCGAAUCAGGCCAUAUUCCGUCUGGAAGCCGGAGUGUGUCGUUUGUUUCGUGAUAUAUUGACUGAGAAUGGCUUUACUGAGAUACACACGCCCAAGAUACAGCUACCCGAUGAGGGUGGAGAAUAUUUCUUCACAGUUAACUAUUUUAAGGAGACAGCUUACUUGGCUGUAUCGCAGUAUAUUCACCGGCAAAUGGCCAUUGCAGCUGAUUUCGAAAAAGUCUUUACAGUGGGUGCUGUGUUCCGUGCGGAAGAUUCCCACACGCACAGACAUUUAAUAGAGUUUGUUGGCCUCGAUUUGGAGAUGACUUUUAAGUAUCAUUAUCAUGAAGUGCUCCAUACUAUUAGCAAUACAUUAACGGCGAUUUUCAAGGGUCUGCGUGAUCAAUAUAGCCGCGAGAUUGAGGCAGUGGGUCAACAGUAUAAGGUGGAGCCAUUUAAGUUCCUGGAAAAACCACUAAUAUUGCAGUUCACUGAGGGAAUAGCCAUGUUGCGUGAAGCUGGCAUAGAGACAGGGGACGAUGAGGAUUUGUCUCUUCCAAAUGAGAAGCUAUUGGGUCGCCUGGUUAAGGCGAAGUAUGACACUGACUUUUACAUCCUCGACAAGUUUCCUCUUUCUGCCCGCCCAUUCUACACUAUGCCAGAUCCUGAUAAUCCUAAAUACUCUAACUCCUUUGAUAUGUUUAUGCGUGGGGAGGAGAUUUCGUCAGGUGCCCAGCGUAUUCAUGAUCCCGAGUACUUAAUUGAGCGUGCCAAACACGAUGCAGUCGAACUUACAAAACUUGCCGCCUAUAUUGACGCUUUCCGCUAUGGUUGCUCUCCCCAUGCUGGCUGUAGCAUUGGUAUGGAACGUGUUGUCAUGUUCUAUCUUGGUUUAAACAACAUCCGCAAGACAUCCAUGUUUCCACAUGAUCCCAAACGAUUAAUGCCCUAAUGCACACAACCAAUGCUUCACAUAAUUGAACUAUCCGCCUAGUUAACUUGGUCAUACUUGUAAAUUUACGCAAAUGAAAUUAAUUUAAGGCAAACCAAAAAGGAGACGUGCAAUUUUUAAGUGUUAGAAAUAUCUUUCUUAUACUUACAAAUAUUUGGCGCUAAAAAUAAAUUCAUAAAUUUUA